UGCGGUCUCUGUUUGGAUGUGAAUUGUGAAAGCAUUCAAAGUUUCAAACUGCUGCCGUAUGUGGUCACUAAAGAAGGAAAAACAGAAGAGAAGUCAAUACUUGAGCAGAGGGGCCUCUCUGCAAUCUCUGCCAUGGUUGGGUGGUUUGAAAAUGGAGUGAUGGACGGAAUUUGGGGAGGGUCUCGGCCUCUCUGUAUUCAUUAAAUUUUCCCUUUUCUUGGGUCACCUUCAUCUUUACAAGCUUCUCUGGCGAAGAAAUAAGGAAGUAAAAAAAGAACGACAAAAAUCAUUGGUUUUAGCUCCGACUCUAGCUCUCUUCGAUGAGUUAAUUCUCUUGCUGCGAAUCCAAGCUGCUUUCUUGGUCAACUGCACUGAGAUUGGAUUUGUUAUCAUUAGCACAGGUUUUGCAGCAGAGUUGAAUGAACCCAGAAACUCUUUCAAUUCUUAGCAAGUUGAGGUGGUUUCUCAUAUAGAGCUCAUUGAGACAAUUCAUCCAAUAUAAGCCAACACUUACAUGUAUUUACUUGCAAAAUGUCUUGGUUAGUUGGCUGUAGUGUGGCUUGAGUGGUUUCUCUUUUUUCUCACUUUGAUGGAUAGAAGUAGAAUCUGGAAUCAGUCUGGAAAUGUUCUGGAAAUGUUUUCUCUUGGUUGAGAGAAUGUUUUUCUUUGGGCAAAUCUCCUUUGGCAUUAAAUAGUGUUUUACAUUGUCUGGGGGCAAAUCUCCUCUGGCAAGAAGUCCUAGAAAACUUAACAGUUAAAGCAAUAAAUCUCAGGGGCAGUAAAGUACAUAUCUUUUUAAAGAUCUCUGUCAUUAAUACUUGAGGACACUUUGGCUUCAGUUGGCAAAGAUUUUCCUCAGGGAUAUUUGGUGACACAUGUGAAAGAUUCAGAUCUGUUGGGCAAAUCUCCUUUGGCAAGAUUCAGUUUUUUAUGUGUUCUGGGCAACUUUCCUUUGGCAGUACAGCAUCUAAAGCAAAUUUAUCUAUUGUUGGGCAAAUCUCCUUUGGCAGUACAGCAUCUAAAGAAAAUUUAUCUAUUGUUGGGCAAAUCUCCUUUGGCAUUUAUUCUCUUGGUACUUCACUCCAAUACCUACAGAUACAUCCUUCAACAACUAGUCCUUGUAGAAACUUGGCUUCUAGUGUUGGGCAAAUCUCCUUUGGCAGUUAGACCUGGUGGAAACUUAUCCCUGGUUGGAAUAUCUUCUUGAGCAAUUGUCAUUAUAAAAAUUUAAAUCUAUAUCUUGGCUUGACUCCUAUAUCUAUAGAAACAUCCUUCAACAACUAGUCCUUGUGGAAACUUGGCUUUGAUUGUUGGGCAAAUCUCCUUUGGCAGUUCGACCUGGUGGAAACCUAUCCUUGGUUGUUAGAAAAUUUUUCUUGAGUAAUUGUCAUAGUGAACAUUUAAAUCUAUGUGUUCGGCAAAUCUCCUUUGGCACCUGGAAUUUGUAUAACAAGAUUUUUAUAAGUGUUCCAUUGUUAUCAUCUUUGGUUAGCAGAAGUUGUUUGGAGAAUCUUCAUUGGCAGCUAAUCCUCAUAGAAAUUUCUCUCUGGUUGCUGGGCAAAUCUCCUUUGGCACCUGAAACUUGUAUGUCAAGGUUUUCUUAAGUUUUCCAGUGUUAGCAUCUUCGGUUUCUCCUGGACACUUCUUUGGCAUCACUCUCCAGAUUCAAUCUCUCUAUCCCACAAACAGAUGAUUUUGGUUGUCUAAUCAUUUGGUUGUCAUCUUUAAAGAAUUAAAGUUGAAGUACUAGUACUACUUCCCAUUUGGUACCAAGUGACAACCACAGACUGCACCAUUGCAAUCAAUAUUAAGAUCAUUUCUGAAGGACUUGGAUUCUUGUUUUGCUGCUUGAAAUUGUUUGGCAGAGCCCCAAAGGCAUCUGAAAGAUGGAUAUACUCCUCAGUGGCUCAGAUAGUGAAAGCUUAAGUGAGAGUAGUGGCAGUGAGGACCAAGAUGACAUUGAGUCUAUGUAUGGUGGGCAGGCUCAGAGCAUUUUCUCAAGCCUGGAAAAGAGCAUUGGGAAGAUAGAUGAUUUUCUUGCAUUUGGGAGAGGAUUUUUACAUGGGGAUAUUGUGUGCUUGAUAACAGAUCCAUCUGGACAAUUGGGAAGAGUGGUAGAUAUUGAUAUGGUUGUGGAUUUGGAAACUAUUUAUGGUGAAAUAAUAAAAGAUAUAAACAGUAAAAAGCUUUUAAGGAUCCGCACAUUCUCACCAGGGGACUAUGUAGUUCAUGGGCCAUGGCUUGGAAGAGUGAGGAGAGUAGUUGAUUGUGUCACAAUCCUGUUUGAUGACGGGGCAAAAUGUGAGUUAACUGCAGCUGAUUCAGAAGCUCUCCUACCUAUCUCUCCCUCUCCCAACAUACUUGAUGAUGCACAAUACCCUUAUUAUCCUGGUCAACGUGUCCAUGUUAGACUGUCCACUGUUUUGAAGUCAGCGAAGUGGUUGUGUGGUGUAUGGAAGGAAAACCGGUAUGAGGGCACAGUGUGCCAUGUUGAAGCAGGAUUGGUUCAUGUUGAUUGGGUUGCCUCUGCAACUGUUGGUAGUAACUUGAAUUUUCCUGCUCCUUCUUGUCAUCAGUAUUCAAAGGACCUAACCUUAUUGUCUUGUUUUCCCUAUGCUAAUUGGCAACUGGGUGAUUGGUGUAUACUUCCAAUUGAUGAUCACAGGGGCAUUCAGGAGCAGGUUUUUCUUAACAUUGCGACUCAAGGGUUUCUUAGCUGGAACAAAAAAAUAGGACAACAACAAAGUGGUCUCUGUGUCCAUUGUAAAGAGAUAUAUGUUGUCGUGAAGACAAAAACAAAAGUUGACAUCCUGUGGCAGGAUGGUAGCCGCUCAUUUGGCUUAGAUUCACAGUCUUUAUUCCCAGUAAACAGUGUUGGUGAUCAUGAAUUUUGGCCUGAACAGCUUGUGCUUGAGAAGAGCACUAAUGAUGAUUUACAUGUUUCUAGUGGCCAAAGAUUUGGGAUUGUGAAAAGUGUGGAUGCAAAGGAACGGACUGUUAAAGUGAAAUGGAGAACUCAAAUGGUGAAUCAAACAGUUGACUUAGGCAUAGAUAACAAUGAAGAGACUGUGAGUGCAUAUGAACUGAUUGAGCAUCCUGAUUGCUCUUACUCACUUGGGGAUGUUGUUUUCAGAUUUCAAAAGAGCCAUUGUAUUGUUCAAGAUGAUGUCAUUAAGGGCCAUGAUGAUCAACUGAAAACCAAUAUGGAAAAGUAUUCCUUCCAGCAGUUAGGAGAGAAUCAUCUUAAAAGUAAAGACAUUAGUGAAGGUCAGGACCAGUACGCUAGUAACUGUUAUCUAUCCUGCAUAGGAACUGUUACUGGAUUUCAGAAUGGCAGCAUUGAGGUGAGGUGGGUCAAUGGUCUCACGUCAAAGGUUGGGCCUUAUGAAAUCAUUGGAAUUGAAAAAUAUGAAGAAUCCGAAUCAGAUGCAAGUGAUCCAUAUGAAGAAGAUACUGAGGAUAAUUUGAGUCAAGAGAUGUUGGACCAUGGAAAGCAAUCUUGGGAAUUGAAAGAAAAGGAGAUGUCAGAGAAGGCAUUCAGAGUUACUGAUGAAGAAUGCAAGAAAAACAUAUGGGAAAGUAGCACCUUUUUACUUCCACGAGCUGCUAUUGGGUUUUUCUCAAAUGUUGCAGCAAAUUUAUUUGGUUCUCGUGGUUCCACUUCACAUUCAGGCUUGAUGACAUCUGGUGACUUUGGUGGUCUCAAUGAAAAUUAUAAACCUGAUCCUAACAAGUUACCUUUAGAAGAUGUGGCAAAAUCGGAAUCUCUCUGUGAGAAAGAAGAGCUGAAACACUGCAGUUUGAACACUGAGGGAUGCCCAUCAAUUGGAGAUGAACUGCAAAUGUUUAGAGAGAUCAAUUUGAAGCCACAAAUAGAGGAGACUGAAGAGAACAAAGGACUAAUUCUAUCAGGCAGUGAGAAAUUAUUCAAGCAAUUUGAUAUUGUUGAUGAUUGUAAAGAUCACCAUUUUGUUAAUGGCUCUGGCAAAGAAUUGAUAUUGUCUCAGAUGAAAAGAAGUUGGUUGAAGAAGGUACAGCAAGACUGGAGCAUUCUGGAGAAAGAUCUUCCUGAUACAAUCUAUGUUCGUGUUUAUGAGGAAAGGAUUGAUCUUCUGAGAGCAGCCAUUGUUGGGGCACCUGGAACUCCAUAUCAUGACAACCUCUUCUUCUUUGAUUUUUGCUUUCCUCCAGAUUAUCCUCAUGAACCCCCUUUGGUUCACUACAAUUCUGGUGGUCUCCGUCUCAACCCAAACCUCUAUGAAUCAGGAAGGGUCUGUCUCAGCCUCCUCAGGACAUGGACAGGCACAGGCACAGAAGUAUGGAAUCCAGGGAGCUCCACCAUUCUUCAAGUUCUUCUCUCCCUCCAGGCACUUGUGCUUAAUGAGAAACCAUACUUCAAUGAGGCAGGAUAUGACAAGCAGAUUGGAAGAGCCGAAGGAGAGAAAAAUUCUAUAACUUAUAAUGAAAAUGCUUUCCUUCUCUCUUGCAAGUCCAUGUUGUACCUGCUACAGAAUCCACCCAAGCAUUUUGAGGCCCUCGUGGAGGAGCACUUCCGCAAUCAUGCACACUCCAUUCUCCUUGCUUGUAAGGCGUAUAUGGACGGCACUCCAGUUGGCUGUGCAUUGGGACGUGGUAUUACUGAGCAGGAACCAAAAAAAUGCAGCUCAAUGGGUUUUAAAAUCAUGCUUGCAAAGAUCUUCCCUAAGCUUGUUGAGAGUUUUACAGAUAAGGGAAUCGAUUGCAGCCAAUUUAUUGAGCCAGGGAAUGAAGGUGUGGUAAACUAAGUAUGUAAACAUUAAGGUACUUGACCUAUACAUAUCUAAGGAUGUUAAAGGUUGUUAGUUCCACGUGCUUGUAUGUGUGAUUGUGUGAACUCAAGAAAAGGGGAAACUGGAGUUGUGUGUGCUUGAUACAAAGAUAUUAUCUCUAUUUAAAAAUACGGGUUUUCUGUUAUA